AUGGCCAUCAAACUUCCCAAGAUCUACAACACCUACUUCGUGGCCUUCAUUGCCACUGUAGGAGGGAUGCUCUUCGGGUUCGAUAUAUCGUCCAUGAGCGCCAUCAUCGGCACCAAACAAUACAACGAUUUCUUCGACAAGCCUGCUGGGGUCACCCAGGGCGCAAUCGGUUCAGCCUUGGCUGCCGGAUCGGUCGUGGGCUCCAUCAUUGCAGGCCCAGUGUCGAACAGGAUUGGUCGACGAGAUUCGAUUAUGUUCGCCACUUUCUGGUGGCUACUCGGGACCGCCGUUCAGACUGGCACAAGUGGAAUCGGUUCGCUGAUCGCCGGUCGCGUCCUCAACGGAGUCUGUGUAGGCAUCACCAGCUCUCAGGUGCCUGUAUACCUGGCCGAAAUAUCCCGCAAGGAGAAGCGAGGCGGCAUUAUCAUCAUCCAGCAACUGGCCAUUGAAUGGGGUAUCUUGAUCAUGUACUUCAUCGGCUACGGAUGCAGUUUCAUUGAUGGUCCAGCCUCGUUCCGGACCGCUUGGGGCAUCCAAUUUGUCCCUUGUGUUUUCCUCAUAUGCGGUCUGCCUUUCCUUCCCCGAUCCCCUCGCUGGUUGGCAAAGGUCGACCGCAUUGAUGAAGCCAUCCAUGUUCUCGCCAAAAUCCAAGCCAACGGCAACGUCAACGAUCCCCUCGUAGUCGCAGAAUGGGAGGAUAUCACGCAGACCCUCGCUGCCGAGCGUACUGCUGCCCAGGGUUGGCGCAAAUUUGUGGUGAAUGGAAUGUGGAAAAGAACACUGGCGGGCUUCACGGUGCAAAUGUGGCAACAAAAUAGUGGAGCCAACGUUAUGACUUAUUACGUUGUAUACAUCUUCAUGAUGGCGGGCCUCACCGGCAACAUCAACUUGAUCGCCUCGGGCGUACAAUACGCCCUGUUCAUCGUCUUUACGACUGUCAUGUUCUUCUACAUUGACCGGACCGGCCGACGACCUCUUUUGAUCUACGGCGCGCUGGCGAUGGGUGCUUGCCACUUUGUGGUGGGCGGGAUCCUGUCUGCUGGAGAGAGUGUCCCAGAUGGCGUUGGCGGCAACCCCAACGUCUUGAUCCGGGUGGAGGGAGCCAAGGCCAAUGCGGUUAUUGCCUUCUCCUACCUUCUCAUCAUUGUCUACGCCAUGACCUUGGCCCCAGUCGCCUGGGUUUACGCUGCGGAAGUCUGGAGCUUGGAAACGCGUGCCACUGGUAUGGGCAUUGCUGCUCUCGGCAAUUGGCUGUUCAACUUCGCGUUGGGCCUAUACAUCCCUCCUGGUUUCCAAAACAUCAAAUGGGGCAUGUUCAUUGUGUUUGGAUGCAUGUGCAUCCUCGGUGCGAUUCAAUUCUAUUUCACAUAUCCGGAGACAUGCAACAAGUCCCUGGAGGAGAUUGAAGAGAUGUUCUCGCCUAAUGGACCACGACCAUGGCAUACCAAACCAGGCCAGUCGAGAUUGGACCGACUUGUUGAUGUUGCUCGGGAGAAACAUUAUACGGUGGAAGACAUUCGACAGAAAUCUGUCUCUGGCCAACAUGGCACCCACGUCGAGAUUGCCGAGGAUAACGAGAAGGCUGUUCAGCAACUCGGCCAGCACUUCGAAGAGACCGUCAAGAAGGCGUGA